AUGGAAUUAUCUCAAAGAAGAAUAUGUGAAGAUGAUCGUAUUAAAGGCAUGAAGGUGUUGAAUCUCAUUAGAGACUUUGAAUUGCAAAAGAUGAAGGAAUCUGAAACUAUCAAGGAGUACUUUGAGAGGCUUCUGAAAAUAGUAAGAUUGCUUGGUUCUGAAUUUAAGGACUCUCGUAUUGUUGAAGCUACCAUAACCACCUUAGAAAACACUAAGGAUUUUUCCAAGAUCACUUUGGCAGAGUUGUUGAAUUCCUUACAAGCACAACAACAACGAAGGGCUAUGAGAGAAGAAGGUUUUGUUGAGGAAGCCUUGCCUGCUAAACAUGAAGACAGUUGGAAAAAAAAAAAAAAAAGGAACCAACAACCAAAUAGAGAAGGUGUUGUCAGAAAUGAAAGCAAAGUAUGA